AUGGCUUCAUCUGUGCAACCUGGUGAGCGCUUCCAUAUCUUGGCUCAACUCGAGCAUCUUCAGUCCAAAUACACGGGCACUGGACAUUCUGAUAUCAAUCGUUAUGAAUGGAUAACAAACCAGCAUAGAGACACUCUUGCUUCCAUAAUUGGUAUGUCCCUUUUUUUUUGUGGAUUUCUUCCCUUUUUAGGACAUCCAGAUCACCUUUCGUCUUAUGCCGUUUGUGAGAAUGUGACUCGAGGUCGUGCCAGACAUGAACUUCUGAAGAGGAUGAUCCAACCUUGUGGUCCACCACCCAAAAAGUCAGCUCUUGAUGAUCUCUGA